GUCAUUAUUACUGGCGUUGCGUCGGUAAUUUUGACUGGAUACCUCGGUAUCAAAGUUUGUUUUAGUCGUAGAAAGGCAGCCAUUCCAUAUCCGUUUAUGUAUGCAACUCGAGAAGAAGCCGAAAAUGAUUCUAAAAAAUGA